CCCAGCCUACGUGGCCAGGUCUGGGGGCCGGGGAGGUGGCCAGGGACCAGGCCUGUGGCAGCUAAGCUGGCGCUUUGGCCAAAGCCCAGGACCUCCCCCGGUUGGCUCCACUCAUAACCAUGCCCCUGGCCACCCCGGGCUGCUUCCCUGCCCAGCACACCCAGACUGGCUGCUGCUGGAAGACAGGGCGGUGGGCAGAGGCCUGAAGGCCACCCCCACAGGUGACCCGGCCGCCCUGGCCAUCUCCUCCAGGCCAGCAGGGAUGGGCGAUGGGGCAUCCCGCAGGCCCCCACAGUGCCCCGGCCCCCACGGGCACCUCGGCUGCACCCGGGCUCAUUCCAGACCUCGUUGCCAGGAGUCCCUGGCCCCGAUGGGCACAGGUGGCCGUCGCUGUCGCCGCCGCCAUCCUCGCUGCUUCCUGCCUCCUGUGCGUCGUCUGCUGCUGCCGUCGCCGAGCCCGCAGGAGGAAGCCCCGAGACAAAGAGGCCGUGGGCCUGGGCAGUGUCCCGGGCACCACCACCACCCACCUGGUGCAGCCGGAGGUGGACGACGUGGGGUCCGGCCCGGGGGGAGCCCCGCAGUGGGGGCGCCUGCAGCUCUCCCUGGAGUAUGACUCUGGGAGCCAGGAGAUCUGGGUGGGCCUCAAGCAGGCGGCGGACCUGAGGCGGGAGCCCGGGGGGCAGGCGGACCCCUACGCCUGCGUCAGCCUGUCCCCCCAGCCCGGGCACAGACACGCGACCCGGGUGCACCGCGGCACACUCUGCCCGGUGUUUGAGGAGACCUGCCGCUUCCGCGUGCCGCUGGCGGAGCUGCCCCGGACCACCCUGCGGGUGCAGGUGCUGGACUUCCGGCGCGCCUCCGGGCACCAGCCGCUAGGCGAGCUCCGCCUGCCGCUGGGCACCCUGGACCUGCAGCACGUCCUGGAAGUCUGGCGCACACUGGGGCCCCCGGGCACUGUCGAGGCUGAGCGGACGGGGGAGCUGUGCUGCUUGCUGCAGUACGCGCCCGGCUGGGGCCGGCUGACAGUGGUCGUGCUGGAGGCCCGGGGCCUGAGCCUGGGGCUGGCAGAGCCGUACGUGAAGGUCCAGCUCCUGCUGAACCGGAGGAAGUGGAAGACGAGAAGGACGUCCGUCUGGAAGGGCACGGCCGCCCCCUACUUCAACGAGGCCUUCACCUUUCUCGUGCCGCUGAGCCAGAUCCAGAGCGUGGACCUGGUGCUGGCCGUCUGGGCCCAGGGCUCGCGGCUCUGGGCUGAGCCGGUGGGCAAGGUGGCGCUGGGAGCCCGGGCCUCGGGCCAGCCGCUGCAGCACCGGGCCGACAUACUGGCCCACGCCCGGCGGCCCGGCGCCCGGUGGCACCGCCUGCGGCCCGCCGGGGAGGUGGACCAGGCCCUGGGCCUGAGGCCCCGCCGGCGCCUGCCCCUGCCCGGCUCCUGACAGCACCCUGAGCCUCCAUGUCCCGCCCUGAGCUGUGGGCCCGUCCCGGCCACGGGGGGGCUGCAAUAAACGUCGCUUCCACCACC